ACAAGAAUCCGUCAAACUUGACUUAAAACCUCGGGAUUUCUAUCUUCGUUCGUGGCUAAGUAUAAAAUUGUGUCAUUUUUAAUACAAACUGUGUUCUGCGAUGUCAAUGCAUAGUGCCAUUUAUUAAGGGGCCGUGGUGUUGGAUAAAGAACGUCGGUUUUGUGUUGUCCGGCUCUCUCGCCCCCCUCCCCCUACAUGUGGACGUUUUCGUUGCGGCACAGUUCUGUUUGAACAGACUUUUCUUACGGACAAUAUGGACCCGUCAGAAGUGGAAUUCCUGGCUGAAAAGGAGAUGGUUUACAUCGUACCCAACUUCUCCUUGGACAAAAUAUAUCUAAUUGGGGGUGACAUUGGCCCCUUCAACCCAGGUCUGCCUGUACAGAUCCCGCUGUGGAUGGCGAUCAACCUGAAACAACGACAGAAGUGCAGGAUACAGCCUCCUGACUGGAUGGAUGUGGAAAAACUACAGGAGAAGAAAGAUGAAGAAGAAGGUUCAGCGUUCUUCAAGCCUAUGCUGAACAAACACUACAUGGAAGUGGCACAACUCUUGCUCACACAUGCAACAGAUGACAUUCCCCGUGCAGAUGAAGUCAGGACCCUGAUUAAGGACAUCUGGGACAUCCGGACAGCCAAGCUCCGCAGCUCUGUCGACAAGUUUGUCUCAGACCAAGAGUCUCAUGCCCAGCUGGACGACCUUUCUCUGAUGGAAAUCAACACAAUGCGACAGUUCCUGACGCAGGCUCUCGAUCACAUGCACCAACUGCGAGUGCCACCAGGGGGCGCUACUCAACAUACACAGGAAUGACACUGAACUUAAA